CUAUUUUUUGAUCUAUUAAUAAAAUCAGACAUUUAAAAAAACAUACACAUCAUCUGAGAACUCGCAGCAAUAUCAUUUCAUUUAGAGGACUCACUUUUUAUUUUACAAAGAAAGAUGUGAAACAUGAAAAUGAUGAAGUUUCAAGUAUAUGCAUUUAAAAGUUAUUUUCUCUGUAACCAAAACUCACUCAUUCUGUGCUACAUCAUAAAUCAGGUGAUAUUUUCAAAGAGAAAUGACCAGUAUCAUCACACCGGCGCUGACCGUUAUCCACAGAACCUGGUGUUCAUGUUUCCAGCAGAAGGAAAGCUGAGACCACAGUCAUGACUGACUCUAAUUCAGAUGCAGGAAAGAAGAACCGAACCUUUAUUCUCCAGUUAUCAGGAAACAUGAUCUUCAGGUGAACAUGACUUCAGAACAUGGUAGAAAUGAACAAGGAAAGGAAAGAGAGAAAAACAGGCAAGAAACCACUAACCCUACAGGACCAUGACUAGUUUUUAAUAUUCUAACAACAUGUUACACAACUUCGCUGACUUUGCCAAUAUCUUAAUUUAAGCUCAAAAGAAAGUUCCUUCCUUCAACUCAGCACAAAGCUUUUGCAACAGGAAGGUGACGGUCAGAUCUUCAGUCGGACAGAGAAGGGACGAAACAGUGAAGCUGCUGCACAUCUAUGUGACUCUGAAGUGAAGCGUCUCCAUGGCGACACCGAUCAGAGAAAACGGUAGGAUGACGAAUGUGACGGUAAAUCAGCAGGAAGGUGAUGAAGAGCCAGUCAGAGGUGAAAACCCAACCUGCAAGCUGCCAGCAGGGGGAGUAGUUCUGCUGGUUCUGGUCGGUCUGCUGGCUGCUGCUCUCAUCAUCAUCUUCAGACUCUAUGCUGCUUGUUUGAUGACCAAUAAAAACCAGAGAGAGGAGAAAGACGAUGUGAGGAAACAUGUCUCAGUGUCUGCCUCACCACCUUCAACGCCGCACUACAUGACAGAAGACGUUGUUGUGUUAGAAGAGAAAACCUGUCUGAAGUGUGAGGCAGGAUGGGAGCAACAUGGAGGAAAAUGUUAUUAUUUUUACACCGUGAGAUCAGCCUGGACUGAGAGCCGACGUUUCUGUCAGAAUCUGGGAUCAGACCUGGUGAAGAUCGACAGCAGAGAGGAGCAGAUGUUCCUGGAGGUCAGACUGAGAGCGUUGAUGGAGGAUGAUGAGGACCGGUUCUGGAUCGGACUGACGGACUCAGAAGUAGAAGGCAGAUUCUUGUGGGUGGAUGGAUCGCCGCUGGACCAAAGUUUGAGCUUUUGGGGUUGGCGCCAACCAGACAACUGGAGCAGGGCCAGCCUGAAAGCAGCCAACUGUGUGCGGAUGGGCGAGAGAGGAGGUUCUGGUGAUCCGACGUCCUGGUUCGAUACGUCCUGCAACGAUCCGCAGAAAAGUAUCUGUGAACAAGCAGCAAGAACUCAGUAAUGUGUCUGAAGUUCAGUUGAGUCUAAAAAACGACCAGAGCUCAAGUUGGUUUUAUGAAGAAAAUGUAACAAAUAAAAUAUGAAUGAAAAAACACGAAAGAUAAAAGGCUCAAUUUUUAUCAAAGUUUUAUUUGCGACUUCACGAACCAGAGGAAAUGAUGUCAUAAACUUCAAACAUCCCAUCAUAUGAAUCACCUGAAAACCUUUAGAGUCUCAGUUACCAUCUAACACAAGACCUGUGAUGUUAAUAAAAACAAUAAUAAUUGUUUAUGGAAAAGAAUAAUGAAGUAAACAGUUGAAGCCUCUUUAUGAUCGUUCAAGUUCAACAGGAAGUUUCUUCAACACAAAGCUGUGAGAAAGGAAGUUACCGAGCAGAUUUUCAGUCUAAGGAGUCUGCAGUGGAGCGAGGACACGGUGGUGGUGAGUCCAGAUCAUUUUCUGUCCUCUGAAUAUUAAAACAACAUCAGAGGAGACGCAAACAUUUAUAAACUUCAAAGGAAAUGUUUGUUUUCCUUGCACUGGAAAAUAUCAUUGCAGACAUUUAUGUUAAGAUUAAACUAACUGUUUAAAAGAAUUUGAAAUCAAACACAGGAGAAAUAUGAAUCAAGAUAAUUUGUUGUUGAUCUAAUAUUCUGGGUUUUUGGUCAAUAAUUUAACUCUUUAAUUAGGACAGUUUAUUGAGAA